UUACUCAGUAAUCCCACCGAUGUUUUCAACAAGCUCAAAGCCCACAACCCCGAGGCAACCAAUGCCACCGACCGCGCUGCACUAGAGGCGUAUCUCUCCGCCCGCCGCGAAUACGACGAGGCUGUCAAGGCAGCCGACGAGGCCAUCGACCACCACAAGCGGCUCCUACGCCAACAGGACGACCGCGUCCUCACCGAGCUCAUCCGGCUCGACAAUCUGAAAGUUGCCCAUCGCUUUCAACCGCUCUUACCACGCAGCAUCCGGGCACGGCACAACAAAUUCAUCCCGUGCGCCAUCCCCAACGCAUACUUACCCCUACCCGCACCCCUACCGACGUCUGCCUUCAGGCGCCCCCCGAUCCCAUCCCCUUUCCUCCAAGCAACGCCGCGAAGCACUACCAUCCCGGCCGACUGGCAACCCAACCCUGGUUGGACCCCAAAGGGAAGCUGCAGGCGAUGCGGAUCGUCUCGACACUGGGUACGGGACUGUCCAGACGUACGAUGCGCAGGAUGCGGAAAAGAAGCCCCUGGACACCUGGAGCGAGAGUGCGGAACCAGGCCAAUGAAGCGACACGUAUCCGCACCACCUGAAGAACCUGCGCGACGCGUGGGGGUGGUCGUCGACAAUGUGUUCCUCAAAGGAAUCAUCAACGAGGCGAAGGAGAGGAAGGAGAAAGAAAGGCAGAUGAAAGCGAUACCCAUCCCUCCACCGCGUAGCGCUAACCCCGAACCCCCCGCCAGUCCCGUCGCGGGACCUUCGCGCCCCCGCCCCGAUACACCCGUCGUCUUUCGCAAAGUCGAUCCCGACUGGAGACCGGACACCACUCAAUGGACGUGGGACAGCUCCUGGCCGAAUCAGAAGCACCUCUCUGGCGAGGAAUGGAUGAACGUAGGGAGGAACACGCGCAAGGAGUGGUUCGACAAAGAGGAGGACGACGGCGUAGAUUGGGAGUUGUAUGGAGAUGGUGAGCAUCUCUGCUCCUCUUCGCUUGGAGUAGUGGUCAUUCUCGACUUCCUCGCUCGAUCUUCAGGACGACGCACUAUGUCCCGAGAUCUACGCGCUGAUAGGCGCCAAGCCCCUCUGGGCCCCGAUACAGCUCUUUUCGGCAAUCGCAUCCCGCCCGGCACUUCAGCUCAGUCACCCAACACUUCGAUUUCGCCUUCGACGCUCUUCGACACCUUCGACGGUGCGCGACGCUUACUCAAAGCUCGGCACGGUCGUCCCGAUGCCUCGCGCGUAGAUCCCGGGACAUCUUCCGCAUUCGGCGAACAAUAG